CGUAGUGUUACGCAUUCUAGUAAUCUAGCUUACGCCGCUGGGCGCCGACAACAACAGCUGCACUGAACACCAAAGUAAGGAAAGGCGACGCGAGAGGGAGUCGCUCGAUAUGAAGCAGCCGGUUAAGCGACCGCCGGGUCGUGGCGGCGGCGUUCGCAAGAUAAAUCCAACAGGAUUGUCGAAAAGGGGUCGUGGAAGAUUCGGCAAGCCGGUGCAAAGAGAUGCGGGGCCUGAUGCACAGCGCAAAUGGCUUCACCACUGCCUUCGUACGUUGCAUAAGGCGCUCAAGAAUGCUCGAACUUUUGAACUCCGCAAGCUCAAGCGGCGCCUGGUGGCCCCAACACAACCGCCGAAGCAGCAGCAGCAGCUAAAACAACAACAACAGCAAAAGGACGAGGAGCAGCAGCCGCAGGGCCCGGGGGCUCCCUCCGCUCCCGUCGCCGCGGCUGCUGGUGCCGCUGACGCCGCCGCCAGCACCCAGCAGCGCCUAACCGCGCAGAUGGAGGCUGCCAAGGCAGCGAACCUAGACCAGCUGGCCGUGACGGUGGCACUCCGCUCGGGCUUCCCGGAGGAGCUGGUGCGUGCUGCGACAGCGCCCAGGCAGCGCCCGGCAGCAAAGGCUGCUGCGGGUGCUGCUGGUGCCUGCGCUGCAAAAGGCCCUGCUGCACCGGCAGCUCAGCAGCAGCCGCCGCAGCAGCAGCAGCCGCAGCAGCAGGAGCAGGAGGGGCAGGGGCAGGCGGAGGGCAAGAGUGGUGCAGCUGCCGCGGAUGGCGCUGAUGCAGGGGCUGAGGGCGGCAAGGGCAGCGGUGGCGGAGGCAGCGGGACAGACUUGGCCGCCAUGCUGGCGUCACGACUGAUGCGCGCAUCUUGUGUGCGCAAAGCUGUGGAGGAGGCUCGUCGGGAGUUUGGGGCCAAGUUUGAACGCACCCCCCUGGGCCCCCAGGAGCCCGAUCAGGCAUCAUCGGGUGAGGAAGACGAGUCGGGCGAUGGCUCAGAUGGCGAAGAGGGGCAGGCCAGUGAGGAGGGCGAGGAGGGCACGGGGGCGUCGGAUGAGGAGGUGGAGGGCGGCCGUCGCCCUCAUAAGCGCCACCGCGGCGUUGGGACGGGAGCGAGUGCCGGAAGCGGCGAGGAAGGCGAGGGGGAGGAGGGCGACGGCGGUGGUGCGGGAAGUGGAGAUGAGGAGGAAGGUGCGGGUGCCAGAGAUGAGGAGGGUGAGGACAGCGGUGUGAUAGAAGAGGCGGACAUUGACGCGUUUCUGGCGGAGGACGCCGAGGGUGGCGUUGGCGGCGGCGGCGGUAGCGAUAGCGGGGGUGAUGAUGUUGAUGAUGAGGGUGAGUUUGGCAACAACAACGGCGCAUGCGGGGUCAGCGAUGAAGAGGAGGAGGGAGGCGACGGCGGCAGUGACGGCGAGGGCUCCGAAGCCAGCUUCAACAGUGCAGAGUUCGACGCCCCCAUGUCGUCUUUGGCGCGGCGGAGCGCUGGGGGACGGUCUGGCGGCCUGGCGGCGGCAACGGCGGCGUCUGAGGGUGCCGCCGCCGCGGCGGCGAAGGUGAAGCAAGGUGGCGGCGGCGGUGAAAAGCGCAGUCGUGCUGACGGCGGCGACGGUGACGACGGUACGAUAUCCAAGGUCCGCCGCCGGGAGGGCGGCAAGGACGUCGCCACGACUGCAAAGAACGCGGCAGCGGCAGCUGCGGAAGUGCCGCGGGGUCAGAAGCCGUCAGCAGGAACGAAGGUUGGCAAAGCGGAGGAUGAGGGCAAGCGGGGCAAGGGGCAAGUGCGCGGAGGGGAGGCGGAGCAACCAGAGGGCAAGGAGGGCGGGAAAGGCGGCAAGAAGAAGGUCGGCAAGGCUGGAGGCACUCGGGCGGGGGAUCCGCUUAUGGACCGGCGCGGUAAGAACCGGCUGGGGCAGCACGCGAGGAGGCUACUGUACGAGAAGAUGUACGGCGCUCAGGCUCGGCAUCUGCAAGAAAAGGCUGCUGAGAGGGCCGCUGCACGCCGGGAUGACGCAAGGCCAUUAGCCUUGGAUGGACGCAAGGGUCGGCGGCAGGAUGCCAGCGACGCAGCACAUGCACCGUCCGGCAAACGACCCCGCGACAGAGGCGCCGGCGGCGCAGGUCCUGCAGCCAACGGUGGCAACGGCGGCGGCGUCGCAGCUCCCAGCGACGCGCCCGAGUCGCUGCACCCCUCCUGGGCUGCCAAACUGCGUCAAAAGCAGCUCCUGCAGCAGUCAGCGGCGGGGGUGGCGGCAGCACCCAAGAAGAUCCGUUUUGACGAUGACGGCGACGGAAACAGCGGCGCCGGCGGCGGCGGUGGUGGUGCGGGUAAUGGCUCUGCCGCCGGGUGGAAGGGGCAAGCGGAGGGGCAACAACGGCGGGGCCCGGCGGCGGCCGGCGGCGGCCGUGGUGGCGGUGGCGGUGCCGGCGGCAGAGGGCGCGGUGUUGGUGGCGGCGGCGGCAGGGGUGAAGGCAGGGGCCAUGGGCGCGGGGAGAGGAUCGGCGGCGGCGCUGCUGCUCAUGCGGCUGGUACUGCUGGGGGCGGUGGUGGCAGCGGCGGAGGCGGGCUGCAUCCGUCUUGGGAGGCUCGUCAGAAGCAGAAGCAGCAGCUCUUAUCGGCGGCACCCGCGGGCAAGAAGACCGUGUUUGAGGACUAGUCAGGACUAGUAGCGCGGGAUGGUUGAUGGAGGGUUGCGCAGCUCGGUGAUCCACUGCGGUUGUGUGGGCUUACUUUCGUAAGUGCGGCCAAUGCUGAUUUGUGUUCACUGCAUGUUAAGUGUGGCCAAUGCAUUCAUGUGAUUGUGUUCUGUUGUAGUGCCUAGUGUACGGGCGAGAGAGCGUGAGGGAACUGCCGGUAGCAUGGUGAGGGGAGUGGCAGAAGGGCAAGUAGGAAUAGGACAGCGUAGCGAAUGGGAGUCCCGGAUAGCCUUCUCUCUGUAGGAGAGUGGCAUCGCACCCUAGUCCGCGGCCAUUGCCCUCCCCCUCGGUUGCUGGGGUAGCAGGCUAGGAAAGGAAAAGGCUGGUGGAUGGGAAGGCACUCCGCUGUGCAAGUGGCCCUAUGACUUGUCACACCGUAUCAUGGCAUGGCAUGGCCUUGGAAACGCUUCUUGUCUCCAAUUUUCUUUACAUAGCUGUUACGUGCUUUGUUACUCCCCUUUGUGCAGUACAUGUCAACUUAGCCGUGGUGCAUGUAAAGCCCUGCCUGCUGA